AUGUCUUCCGCCGAGCUCGCCGUUUCCUACGCCGCCCUCAUCCUCGCCGAUGAGGACAUCGAGAUCACUUCCGACAAGCUCCAAACCCUCAUCAAGGCCGCUGGUGUGACCGAUGUUGAGCCCAUCUGGACCUCCCUCUUCGCCAAGGCUCUCGAUGGCAAGAACUUGAAGGACCUCCUAGUCAACGUUGGCUCUGGUGGUGGUGCCCCAGCUGCUGGCGGUGCUCCUGCUGCCGGCGGUGCUGCCGCCGCUGAGGCUGCUCCAGCUGAGGAAGAGAAGGCCGAGGAGGCCGAAGAGUCCGACGAGGACAUGGGUUUCGGUCUUUUCGAUUAA